GAACAAGUCGGUCAGGAAGCCGCGCCGCAGUCAUGGCUUUUAAAGACACCGGAAAGACACCCGUGGAACCGGAGGUGGCGAUUCACCGAAUUAGAAUUACUCUCACCAGCCGCAACGUAAAGUCUUUGGAAAAGGUAUGUGCUGACUUGAUCAGGGGCGCAAAGGAAAAGAAUCUCAAAGUGAAAGGACCCGUUCGGAUGCCUACCAAGACUCUGAGAAUCACUACAAGAAAAACUCCUUGUGGUGAAGGUUCUAAGACUUGGGAUCGUUUUCAGAUGAGGAUCCACAAGCGACUCAUUGAUUUGCACAGUCCUUCUGAGAUUGUUAAGCAGAUUACUUCCAUCAGUAUUGAGCCAGGAGUUGAGGUUGAAGUCACCAUUGCAGAUGCUUAA